CUAGUACAAGUAGCCUAUAUAAAGAGGAUCGAGAUCAGAAGAGAGAACAUGUUAUAGCAAAACCCUAAAUAUUCAAGGAGUUUGUUUCGUCUCCUUCCUAUAAAUUAUCCUCAAAAUCGUUUUAGGGUUUCUUCAGCCGCCGGUCAUGGAUUAUUCAGAUGAUGACAUCAUCGAUAUGGAAUCAGGGGAGGAGGAGGAUCAUUACAGCGAUGGUGGUAACGAAUAUGCCGAUCACUACCCUCUUGAAGAAGACGCAAUUAUUCCAUCUGAGAAAAGUUACGUAGUUCUCAAGGAAGAAGACAUUCACAAGCAUCAAAGAGACGAUAUCGAACGAGUUUCCACGGCUCUCUCUCUAAGCCAAGUCGAAGCGACCGUUCUUCUUCUUCAUUAUCAUUGGAGUGUUAGUAAGAUCUACGAGGAAUGGUUUACGGACGAAGAGAGAAUCCGUAAAACAGUUGGAAUCCUGAAGGAGCCUGUCGUUGACGUUAAUGGUAGAGAAGUGGAUAUCCAAUGUGGAAUUUGCUUUGAAUCAUACACUUCAGAUGAAAUUGCUACGGUUUCUUGUGGUCAUCCUUAUUGCAAGACUUGCUGGACUGGUUACAUCUCUACAACAAUCAACAACGGUCCAGGAUGUUUAAGGGUUAAAUGUCCUGAGCCUUCUUGUUCCGCUGCGGUUGGUCAAGAUAUGAUCGAUAAGGUUAGUAAUAAAGAAGAUAAGGAGAAGUACUAUAGAUAUUUUCUUAGGUCUUAUGUGGAAGAAGUUGGGGAGAGAACUAAAUGGUGUCCAUCACCGGGAUGCGAAUGUGCGAUAGAUUUUAGUGUUGGGAGUGGAAGUGGAAGUAGUAGUUAUGAUAUUUAUUGUUUGUGUUCGCAUAGCUUUUGCUGGAAUUGUACUGAAGAUGCUCACAGUCCUGUGGAUUGUGACACGGUCUCAAAAUGGAUAUUCAAGAACCAGGAUGAGUCCGAGAACAAGAAUUGGAUGCUUGCGAAUUCAAAGCCUUGUCCUAAAUGCAAACGUCCUAUCGAGAAGAACGAUGGAUGUAACCGUAUGACAUGCUCAGAUCCAUGUAGACAUCAGUUUUGUUGGAUUUGUCUUGAACCACAUUAUGGUCACGGUGCUUGCAACAAGUUCGUUGAGGAGAAGGCUGAAAGUAAGAGAACAUUGCUUCAGAAUGAAAUCAAAAGAUACACGCAUUAUUAUAUAAGAUGGGCAAACAAUCAAUCGUCGAGGCUAAAGGCUAUGAGUGAUCUGGAGAAGUUGCAAUCGGUGCAGCUUAAGCAGCUUAGUGAUAAACAAAGCAAACCAGAAACUGAUCUCCAAUUCACCUUAGAUGCAUGGAUUCAGAUCCUCGAAUGUAGGAGAGUCUUGAAAUGGACAUAUGCAUAUGGAUACUACCUUCAUGAUCUCGCCAAGCGACAAUUUUUCGAGUAUUUGCAAGGGGAGGCUGAAACAAGUUUAGAGAGGCUUCAUCAUUGUGCAGAGAAUGAGUUGAAACAGUUUAUCAAUAAAACUGAAGAUCCAUCCGAAACUUUCUCUGCUUUCCGGAUGAAAUUAACUAAUUUGACUAAUGUAACUAAAACCUACUUCGAAAAUCUGGUGAAAGCUUUGGAAAAUGGUCUUGCUGAUGUGGCAUAUAAUUAUGAGACGACCAAAUCAAGAGAAGAAUCUGAUGAUUUUCUCGAAACACAAAAGCUAUAUGAUACUUAUAUAAGUGAAGGCUACUUCUUCUGAGAUCUCUCAGCUUCAGUUUAUUCCCUUUGUUAUUAGCAUAUUUGGAUAGUUUUUUUAUAGGUUUUACUAUAAACCUAACUAUAUUUUUCUUUACUAUAAACGGAAUUUCUCAUUGCUUCUUUGACUUUUGAAUUUUGAUUACUUGUUCUUUCCUAGUAGAACAAUUUUGGUGAAAACAAUUAACAUCAGUA